GCCGCCAGCAACCCACGCUACUACGUGAACUGGAAGUCAGACGUUUCGUUGCAGAAGUUUAGACUGCGUCCAACUGAAGUAGGCGGGGGAAACAUCAAUUCAUUUAUUGAUAACUGCUGUUAUUUAUAUCAUUCGAGAUUUACCCGGUGGAGGAGCUAAUUGUUUGACAGUACUGCUGAGUGUGGAGCACCAAGGCUGCAACAGGAAAUCAGGCCAAGUGAGGUUUUCCCAGAGCAACAACCCUAAUUUCUUCACCUGUCACUGAAGCUAAGAAAUCUGCCAACAUUCUGUGCUGCAAGGGUGACCCCACCAUGUCUUCCAAUGGGGACCUGCGAGACAUAGGGACCGGUGAUAGUUUUUGGGAGCCGGGGAACUACAAGAGAACGGUAAAGCGCAUUGACGAUGGCUACAAGCUGUGUAAUGAGCUAGUCAGCUGCUUCCAGGAGCGAGCCAAGAUUGAGAAGAGCUAUUCCUUGCAGCUGGCUGACUGGGCCAAGAAAUGGAGGGGUAUUGUGGAGAAAGGAGCACAGUACGGCACACUGGAGAAGGCGUGGCAUGCCUUCAUGAAUGCGGCUGACAGGCUGAGUGAGAUCCACAUGGAGCUGAGGGAGCAACUGGCUGGGGAGGACAGUGAGAAGAUCAAGAGCUGGCAGAAGGAUGCCUUCCACAAACAGAUCAUCGGUGGCUUCAGGGAGACCAAGGAGGCAGAGGAAGGCUUCCGCAAGGCACAGAAAUCCUGGGCCAGGAAACUGAAGGAUGUGGAAUCCUCCAAGAAAAGCUACCACCAGGCACGGAAGGAAGAGCAUGUUGCUGUGGCCCGCCAGGCCCAGGCCGAGGCCGAUCCAACCAAGUCUCAGGAUGAAGUCCGCAAGCUACAGAACCGUGUGGAGAAGUGCAACAAGCAGGCAGAGAAGGCUAAGGGACGCUAUGAAAAGGCCCUGGAGGACCUGAACCGCUGCAACCCACGCUACAUGGAGGACAUGGAGCAGGUGUUCGAGAUCACACAGGAUGCAGAAAAAAAGAGACUGCGCUUCUUUAAGGAAGUCCUUCUAGACAUCCACAAUCACAUGGACCUCUCCAGCAGUGACCGUUUCAAAGCCCUUUUCCGAGACCUGAGCCAGACCAUAGCAGCAGCUAGUGACACAGAAGACCUGCGAUGGUGGAGGAAUGCGCAUGGACCAGGCAUGCACAUGAACUGGCCUCAGUUUGAGGAGUGGUCUGCAGAAUCCAACCCCUCCAUAAGUCAGAAGGAGAGGAACAGUCAAGAGGACAUGUCUGUUUCAGCAGGAGAUGAGAUGCCUCAAACUCCCCAGGAGUCCACAAGAGGUGGCAAAGACAAUUCCUCAGACUGGUCUGAUGAAGAGAACGGCAAAAAGUACAUUGCCACCAAUGGGGUGGAUGAGGACGAGAAGGUAGUGGGAGUGCGAGUUAAAGCAUUGUAUGAUUACGUCGGACAAGAGGCCGAUGAGCUCAGCUUUAAAGCAGGUGAAGAGCUGAUGAAGCUGGGUGAAGAGGAUGAACAGGGCUGGUGCAAAGGGAGGCUAGACGAUGGACAGAUUGGACUAUAUCCCGCUAAUUAUGUUCAGGUCAUUGGAUCCUGAUGACCCAUCCACUGAACAUUUGCAGCCAAUGAAACUGAGGCUCUGCCAAGUAUGGCUGAUGCAGUCAGUUGUGCCGACUCAGAUGCUGGUAUUCCCCUGGUUGUGAACAGACAGACAACCUCUUUCUGCACAGAUAAAGGAGUAAAUCGUUUCCAAACACAGUGGAGGAUGAAUGAGACUGUUUUAAAGGUACUCCUACUCAGAGCUUGAGCCUCAGUCACUAUGAGGGACAUUACCAGUAUGCUGCUUUUUAGAACACAAAUGAAAAAACGCUGUUCUCACAGCACACCUGGAGGUGACAGCUGAUGACAACAGGUUGUGGAGACUUCAGAACUAUCUGACAGACACUACAGUGCAGGUCUGUAAUCUUCCAGGAAUGUCACUAUUAACACAGAGGGGCUUCCCUUCACUUAAACUCCUGAUACAGUAGUACUGUUCAAUCUCCUCAAUACCGAUGUUACUGUUAUCC